AUGAAGAAGUGCGAAUGUCCAUUUGAUUUGAGGGCAUUCAAGUUGAAAACAAACGAUGAAUGGAUAUUGAAUAUAGUUUACGGGCUACAUAAUCAUCCAGCUGCAGAGCAUCUCCAAGGGCAUUCAUAUGCAGGGAAAUUGUCAGCCAAUGAAAAGUCGUUGUUAGUAAAUAUGUCAAAGAGCCUAGUAAGACCAAAAAAGAUACUCAUUAUACUCAAACAGAGGGAUGCCCUUAAUAUGAGCACAAUGAAGACAGUUUACAAUGUACGACAUCGAUGUAAAGUUCUACAGAAAGCUGGUAGAUCCCAGAUGCAACAACUGCUAGAUGGCACAUAUAAGACGAAUAGAUAUCAACUUCCUCUUUUUGAAAUUGUGGGAGUGACAUCAACUUAUAUGACAUUCUCCGUGGCUAUCACAUACUUGCAAACUGAGCGGGUUGAUAAUUAUGCAUGGGUGUUACAAACAUUGCGUGAUCUUAUGGACAACGGUGUUUUACCUGAAGUCAUUGUCACAGACAGAGAGCUUGCUUUGACGAAUCCAUUGACAACACAUUUCCAAAUGUUGGACAUUUGUUAUGUCGUUGGCAUAUUAAUAAGAAUGUAUUGA